AAGUGGCCUGAGUUUUAACUUUUGAGAAGCAUCAAUGGUGAUUUUAAACUGAAAUCGUUAUCUUCGAGAGUAAACCGCUUUUUUUUCCCCCAAACUCUCUCAAGUCUCAUCUGAAACCAAAAUCUAAUAACCAGAAUUACCAUUGUUGUUAUUUUUUGUUUUAAAAGUUUCUUCUCCAAGUCUCUCCAUGUUUUGUCUACUCUAAUUUGAAUUCGAACCAACCAAAGAAGAUGGAUUCGUCUAAGAAACUCUUGUUUCCAGACCAGAUUCUGUCUUCUAGAAGAAACAUCUUGACCAGAUUCGGUUUAGGAGUCGUUGCUUCUCUCCUUCUCGUCACACUUCUCUCCCUUACUAGUUCCUCCUUCAAUGUCCCCUUCGUCUCUCCUCUGCUUCAAGGUCUCAAAAACUCCAAUCUAAACACAUCUUCUUCUUCUGUCAAGCAAGUUGACGAGAAGCCUCAAGUAGUAAAUCUCACCGACACGGUCCCAGAUGCCAAAGUUCCAACCUUUGCUCCCGAACAAAGAUCUGAAGAAACAAGAGAUGCUGGUUCGAAGAACACAGCUUUGUCUGAAGAGGGUAAAGUUCCAAGCUUUGGUUCUGGACAAAGAUCUGGUGAAACAGUUACGACGAACUCGAGUUUGACAGAUGACCAAAAUACCCUCGAAGUAAAUGCUACAACAAGUGUGGCGAACAGCUCGAGCUUGGUAUCUGAUUUGGGAGGUAGAUUUGUGCCUGCAAACACAAGUAACGAGAAUGGCUCUGUGGCUACAGAUCGAAGCAGAGGUUCGUUUGAGGAUUGUGAUAUCUACGAUGGAAGUUGGGUGAGAGCUGAUGGUGAGACAAUGCCGUAUUACCCAUCUGGUUCUUGUCCGUAUAUAGACAGAGAUUUCAACUGUCACGCCAAUGGACGACCUGAUGAUGCUUAUGUUAAAUGGAGGUGGCAACCAAAUGGGUGUGACAUUCCAAGGUUGAAUGGAACUGAUUUUUUGGAGAAGCUAAGAGGGAAGAAGCUGGUAUUUGUGGGAGAUUCGAUUAACCGGAACAUGUGGGAAUCUCUUGUUUGCAUCCUUCGACAUAGCGUCAAGGACAAGAAACGAGUGUAUGAGAUCUCUGGGAGAAGAGAGUUCAAGAAGAAAGGGUUUUACGCUUUCAGAUUCGAGGACUAUAAUUGCACUGUGGAUUUCGUUGGCUCGCCCUUUUUUGUUAGGGAAUCGAGUUUCAAAGGCGUGAACGGGACAAAAUUGGAGACUUUAAGGUUGGAUAUGAUGGACAAGACGACAUCUAUGUAUCGAGAUGCUGAUAUAUUGAUUUUCAACACCGGUCAUUGGUGGACUCAUGACAAAACAAAGCUAGGAGAAAACUAUUACCAAGAAGGAAACGUUGUGUAUCCGAGGCUCAAGGUUCUCGAAGCUUAUAAACGAGCUCUCAUUACUUGGGCGAAAUGGGUGGAUAAGAACAUCGAUCGGAAUCAUACACAUGUCAUAUUUAGAGGGUACUCUGUGACACAUUUUAGAGGAGGGCCAUGGAAUUCAGGAGGACAAUGCCAUAAAGAAACGGAACCGAUUUAUAACACGAUGUACUUGGCAAAGUAUCCUUCGAAGAUGAGAGCUCUCGAGUAUAUUCUCCGUGAUACAAUGAAAACUCCGGUGGUAUACAUGAACGUAAGUCGACUAACGGAUUUCAGAAAAGAUGGUCAUCCGUCGAUAUAUAGAAUGGUGUACAGGACGGAAAAGGAGAAAAGAGAGGCUGUGCGCCACCAAGAUUGUAGCCAUUGGUGUUUGCCUGGUGUACCGGACACAUGGAACCAGCUCUUGUAUGUGUCACUGUUAAAGGCCGGGCUCGCAUCUAAGUGGUAGUCGAAAGUCCUCUGUCUUUGUAUUAUUGUUUGUGUAUAGUAAAAAAAUGUACCUAAGAAAAAUGAAGGAAUUUUUUUACUUUGUAUCACUGCAAGAACAAGUAAAAUAUCCCAAAGGCGUGAACGGGACUACAUUGGAGACUUUUAAGGUUGGAUAUGAUGGACAAGACGACAUAUAUCUAUCGUCUUUGUAUAUACAUGAUAUAAAUUCAACUCUAUAUCAACA